CGUGUUGGAUUUCAUUAACCCUGUUCAUUUGGGGGAAACAGACGGCAUAUGGCAAUGCGUACAUACUGAUGUAUACUGUUACUGAUAUACAAUGUAUUUAUGUAGGAUAGGAUAAGCAGUUGAUAUCAAACUCCUUAAUGAAAUCCACCCAUAUUUCCUUCUCAAGUAUUUGCGGAUAUCCUGGCCGACUUCCUCCCCCGGAGUAGAUGCCUGCAUGAUGAGUUUUCACUGACUACAGGAUGGCGGCGUUAAAACACUGAUCCUGCUGCCGUGAUCAAAAAUCAAUACUCUGGGUCUUCUCCCAGUAAAGAUGGCGAGUUUGUCUGAAUGGAGAAGUCCGCCGGGGUUCGGUGGACGCCAGGCUUGGUUAUCGGGUCUUCUUGUUUGCAUCAUCCCGUAUAUUCACAUUGGUAUAGUCAACAAGAUGUUUUGGGUUCCAAACAAGAUCCCUGUGAACCGAACGGAAUGCCGUUGUAACUGUUUUGACACAGUGUAUAAAGGAUCGUAUGAAAAUCCAAGGAAAACGGGCUAUAAACACAUGUAUUUCAACGCAACAUUUGAGAUGUUAAUCAUUUGGAUUUUAACGCUUGUUACCAUCAUUCUCGCAUACGAAUCAUUCAAACGUUUACUUAACCUCUACAGCACGGGGAACUUAAGAUGGAGGAUGUUAAUACUGUUUCUGUUAGAUAUAUAUCCCAAUUAUUAUUCAUACUGGUCUUAUUUCAACUACACUAACGAUGGAUUCUAUGCACAAGUCUAUCAUCAGUUAUUUUUUACGACAACGGAACUGGUUUCGACAUGGAAUGUUUUCCGGUUGUGCUCAAAAGACACCAAGAUGGAGUCAGGGUCCGUCAUGUGUAUCGUGGUAAUUAGUAUUAUCCAUAUUUUACUGGGAGGAGUGGACCAGUUUUUUGUGCAAUUGAUCCUAUGGAAAGAAAAAACUUUCCAGAGAGCGCGAAAUAUUGGAUUCGUUUUGCCAGACAUUUUGCAUGUGAUUUUAACAAUUCAGGAAAUGGCCAAAGAAAAUCGGAUAUCAUGGACGCAAACCUUUACGCGAAGUGAACUUAAGUUUGGGCUAAUAUUUGUUAUAAGUGGUUUUGUUUUAGGAAAGGUUAUUUUUCGCUAAAUCAAAU